CACAGUAUAUAUAUGAGCCACUUGUCGGUCCGUCUUCAGACACCAUCGACCCAGCAUGAAGCUCCUGAUCUUGGCGUCGGUGUUGGUGGCGGCGGUGAGUGCCGCCCCCGGCCGUUCCUACGGCCAGCCACGGCAAUCCUACGACGGCCCGGCCAUCUGCGGCAACGGGCAGGUGCUACACUUGGACGGCUCCUGCGUGACGCCCAAGGUGCACCGCCAGGUGUUUGUGUUCACGCCGCCCCACCGCCCCAGGGAGCACAGGCCACCCCCAUCCCUGCCAACCCCUGAGGUGAUCACCAACAUCGUGUUCAUCCGCGUGCCCGAGGAGGAGGACGACGUGGAGGACAUCGUGGUGCCGCCGCCGCGCCAGAAGAACGUUGUGUACGUCCUCAACAAGAGGAAGCCUGACGACGGCCCUCGCCUCAUCGAGGUGCCCGCUGGUCCGCCCAGCAACCCCGAGGUGUACUUCGUCAACUACAGAGACGGCGAGAACCCGCAGCUGCCCGGCGGCCUGGACCUGCAGUCGGCCCUCAACAAGGCUGCGCACGCCGGCGGCCGGAUCAUCGGCGGCGGCGACGACGACAGCUUCAGCAUUGAGUUCGAUGACGGCAGCUUCGGCAGUGACUUCGAUGAUGACUUCAACGGCAGCCACGGCGGCGGCAUCUCCCAGCACUACGGCGUGCCCUGAGCCGCCUCCCCACCCCCCUCCCGCCCCUCGCCGUCAACUGUUAUUUAUUACAGCGGAGGGACGCCGCUAGUCACCCGCACCUCAUCUUUGUUCGUUUUAAUACAAUUCUCCUUACU